GAACAUUCGGGGAAUCCCAUGACAACAUGGAUUAUGAGCUGGAUAAUGUUUUCCCCAGUGCAUUAUGGGUAUUUAGGUUCAUUUGCAGACAAUAAUUAAAUCGCUUUAUUUUACUUGAAUAGUCAAAGUAUUAAUAUGCAUGCAUUUGUUGGCAUUGUUUAUAUCGAACUUGCAUAGAGUCCUGAGUCGAAUAUAGAAGGUCUCACACAAUUUAUACAGACUAACUUCCGGAAGUGAGUCUGACAGCAAGGUCAUGCGUAAAAAAGCUCGGGGAUUCCCCAUCGCCAACAGGCUGUACUGAACCAAGCACAUAACAAAUACCAUUUCUCUGCAAAUGAGUGCGCAACAUUUAUUCUUUCGGCUGCUCUAACGUUCACACCUUUUUUAGUAAUUUUCUGCAAGUGAUAUAUACCCGGGAUAUAUAUCAGCCAUAAAAGGGGAUAUGGAUGAACAACUUGUGAAGAAAUGUUUUAUUGGAUUGAUCGCCGUUUCUUUGUUAGGCUCCGUUAUAACGGGAAGUGAAACGGUUUUCAAAGUAUUACUAUCGGUUCUCGUUCUACUCGCUCCAUUUGCUGUCGCUUGGUAUAUUAACAACACAGCUGAAAUUCGACGACUCCAUGAAAAGAUCCAAGAUUACAGACCUUGUAAUUGGACUAUCAGAGACGCAGGGUCUAGCUUCGAAAAACCAUCCAAGGUUAAACUAGGUGUCUUCGGGGUGCAAGACUCAGGCAAGAGUGCCUUUCUCAACUCUCUUCACUAUGCUUACAAAGGUGUGUGGGAGCAAGUCUACCUCGAGAGCAAUACGGAAGGGCAAGGAGGAGAGACUAUAUUUCGAGACCCUGCUAUACUUACCGAUCAAGUAACAACUUUCGAUACACGUGGACAAUCGGAUCUGAGUUAUUACAAAGUUAAGGAUGUAAUGACUGAAAUCACUGGAAAGCGAGGAAUCGACCCUCGUUUUUGGACGGCUGGAGAAAGGAUCGACUGUCCCAUCUUUAUCCUUAAAUACAACUCUGCUACUGGAAUACAACAUUGUCGUGAAUUCAUAUCGUCACUUGUACCACAAAUCAGGCAAGAGUUCGGCUCGUAUCCGAUCAUGGUUGUGACCUUCGCUAACAGCAUCUUGAACCAGGAAGAGAUCGUUGGCGACAUCACCACAGCUGGUAUGGAGAAGAACAGUCUAUUCUUUAUUGAGAACUACACAGCUUCGAACCACGAGAUGGAUUCUAAGAAACACAUUGCUCUUCUCAAGAUCCUAGAAGCCUGUAUCAAGCGAGCCGAUGAUAACAUCACGUUCCAUUGUCGAAAAGAGAAGGAGCCACUACCUAAAAGGAAAUGUGAGAUAAUGUAAAGAUAUUGCACAUCAAGCCGGGGUGAAUGAAUUUUUACAUAAUUAGUACUUACCAGGGGCCGCAAAAGCGGGGGGCUGGGGGCUUCAGCCCGACCCCCCCCCCCUCCCCAUUUUUUUCCAAAACCGUGUCCAAAAACAUAAAAUAACCAUAGGAUUGUGUUUUUUGCAUGGUCAGCCCCCCCCCCCCCCCACUUUGAAAACCGUUCCGCGGCACCUGCAUUGUCAAGGUCACGUACAUGUACGUGCACGAGAACGUACGCGACCUUUGUCAAGUUUUGUCUACUUAUUUUUAUUCAUUUUAUUUCUGGCAAAAGAAGUACAAGAAAUUACAAAUGCACGAAAAAUUGCAAGACCCAUUGACCGAUCGUCAGGAAUAGACAUAAGGGCACUAGUUCCUAUUAAUGUUUUCCCCUCGCCGGUCGCUAGUUUACAAACAUAAUUAUAAACAUGAAGAAAUGAAUUGAAAUACGUAGAUUAUUAUUUUCAUCAAAACACAUUUAGAUUUAAAAAACAAACAUUAAAGCAAUGGAAGCAAGGAGGAGCAUGUGAGAACAUGUUAAAGAAAUUAGAUUCAAGUAAGAGGUUUUUCCAAAAAUAAAAGACUUAAUCAUAGUUAUUUUUUUAUCUGUUAUUACAAUGU